AUGCUUCUUCAUCUUUUUGAUUAAGAACGUUUGAUGUACGACCCCAUCUCACAAUAACUGCUUCCUCUGGGAGUGAGUACACCACACACUACACUUACACCCUAUAUCCCGCUACUCCGUCACCUGUCGUCCGUUUUCUGUUUUACGCGUCUCUCACAAAUAAAGCCUUUGGUCGUCCCAGAACGCGCAACCAUUGAUCUGCAUCAGUCACUCGCCCUUGUUCAGGAGACAUCGCCAGGAAGGGGAAAACAUAUGAGUCUUUUGGGCCAUUAUUUUUGCGAAUUGCAAACACAAAUUGCUUGACCGUUCUGAAUCGUCCUCAAACCACUUACAGUCGUGUUGUUAGUGAAUUUCCUACACCCGUAAGCUGUGGUUUCGGAAUAAGACACAACGGUUGAGGACCAAGUCUAAAAUCGCAAGUGAAAAAGGGCAGGGAGAAGGAGGGAAAAAUGGCUGAAACCGGGGUUCAACAUUUUCUGCGGAAUGCCCCUAAUAAUGGAGAUACAGAUAAUCCUGAGAAGUCAAGUGCCUGCCCCGUAUUGCCGGAUAAUCAGCAGCCAGUCUUUGAGUUUGAAAAGCCAUCAAAAGAGUUGCGAAUCAGUUGCGACACAUGCCGCAUUAAGAAGAUCAAGUGCCCGGGUGAAAGACCGACAUGUCGCAACUGCGAGCAAAAAGGCAGACCAUGUACAUAUCCAACAGCAGUACGCAGGCGUGGCCCUGACAAGAAUCCGGGUGCACGCAUGAAGAACAAAGUACAGCGAGCAAAACAGUCACGCAAAAUUCAGGGACGUGACGAGGAUCCUUCUCAAAGUACCUCUCUUACUAAAGGCAUCGACUUGCAUCAGCUAGCAUCACCGCCGCCAAAAUUACUUCCCAAACCUCCUACCCAUGAUAUUCCAAUCGCACAGGACGCUCAAGAAACUCGAUUACACCUGAUCACGCAACGACUGCCGAUUCUAUCUCAGUCACCACCGAUUUCAGUUCCUCCUCAACCUUCCGAUCAAAGCACCCUACACAGUACUGUGGGUUUUCGCAGUUCGGAUUCCAUUUCAUCUACGCUGUUCAACCCGGAAUCUAGCAAGGAUAUGUUGCUUGCGCAGACGCGACCACUGCAUGUUCCAAAAGCCACUCCAUCUCUCUCAGUACAAUCUCUAGGACCUCAACCACUGCAAUCGAUCAUCGAUCAAGCCAUUACACCCGAGAUUGAACAUCUGGCUUUGAAUACACAAUCUCAACUCAUCCCCCAAUCUGAUCCUUCUCCGACUGAACCUUCUGGUCAGAGUCUGUUCAAUUUGACCCAGCAGCAGUUUCAGCAGAAGAUCCCUCUUAGAGUUACACCAUUACCAACGUAUGACCAAUCGUCUUUCAUCCCAAUAUCUGCAAUUCCUCAGGAUGUCGCGACAUACAACUUUUUUUCGGCGGAAGCCAAUCUUUCAGACACCACAAAAAGGGAGCCACAGGCUUUCUUCGCUCAUACAGAUCUGGUCAACAUAGGCUCCGCUCCUAGUCAGUCACCAUUCCUUCCGAAUCAUACAUCUCUAUGUGAUUCCUCGUCCUUGGAAUCACUGUUUUCUCCGCACAUUACAAAAUCUGAUAUCAACAGCUGUGUGAAACGGCCAGAGACGAAUACGGGAGUUGAAACCUGGGAUGGUCAACCGAGUUCACGAGGCACGGAAAUCGCCGGCCUUCUACCUGUUAAAGACGUAGCAAUAGCAGAUGGGAGUCUGACCUGCGAUCAAUUGCCAUAUGCCACUGCAGGCGGGACGACUGGUUUUUCUAGUUUGGCUUUGUUUAACGAUGGGCUGGUCCAGCCUUCAGAAGGUCCCUACGGACUGUCCCAAAUCCGAGAUACCAAGGACGGGAUAUCUAAAACGGUUCCAGCUUGGAAUGGCUUUCCUCCAGGUAGCCUUGAUCAGUCCUAUGUUCCAUUCACUGCUACCGGCAUCCUGACUCAGGGCGUGCACUCACAAGACUUGAAGCGCAAGGCUGAGGAUCCACCACCGGAGGAAAGUGAAUACGAGAUAUAUACCCCUCCGGGAAACAUCCAAGCAGCAAUGGAUGGAUGGUGGAACUGGAUACUAGCACAUUAUGAUAAAGAUAAACAUACAGCCAUGCAAUCGGUGGUCAGGGCCUGCAACAGUUUCUUUGCCAACGCACAUAUCUGGCUCAACUUCUUCAAUAAGUCGUUAUUUUUUUCCUCGCUUUUCUCUCAAGCUUCGGACUCAAAUACUCUCGAGUACAAGGCUACAUCUCUUCGUGCCGCACCCCACGUUCUUCUCUCUAUACUCAGCCUUGUCACCCUUUUGCAAAAGGGCCAUACACCGGAAGGUCAACAACUUGCGCUUUUGUUCCAGCGCGAAGCUCAGAGCAUAUUGAACUAUUGUAUCAGCGCAGGCUCUCAGGAUCCGAGUCUUGUAGCAGCGGCCAUCGUCAUCGCUACCUUUGAGAUGCAGCCACACGUCGAACACACCACAGAUCGCUUAGUGGCUGCGGUCCUGAUGCUUGACGGCAUAGGAUUGUCCGUUUUCUCCAGUAGGCUCGAUGCGGACGAUGUUCGAGUAUCUACAUCGAUUACCGGUUUGCCACGAUUAACACAUUCGAAUGUCCUUGCAACCACCGCGCGUGAGAGAGAAGUUCAGUUGGAGCCGUCUAUCACGAAAUGGGCACAGGUACCCGCGUGGGCGAAUCAUUGGUCCGCAGGAGAUAUAUGGAAAGAAGAGAUGAGGAGAAUGCUUUGGGCCGCUAGCAGCAUCUCGGCCACUCUGUCAUUGUGGCUUUUCAUGGUUGGAAAGAGUUCUUAUAAUUUAGAAAUCAGCCAUCCUGAGCGGUUUAGGCUUUUUUUCCCCGGAGAGAUGGCAGUCAUUGAGGCGGGAGAUGGGGAGCAAGGUAAGACAACGCCAUGGGCUCUCUAUCAUCGUCUCAUAAGUCUCUGGCACUUUAUUGUCAACAAUCAACCUCUAAACGGCGUUUGCAAACUAGAUGUCGUACGCGAACUGCAGGCUGUAGAAGACGACAUACAGAUCUUCAUCGAUGCUGGAGUUCUGAAAAUUUAUAUCUGGCAGAGCGCCGAUUGGGCAAUGUUCAUCCGACGUGUCUUGGGUGUGAUGGAUUCUCAAGCUUUGCGCCGGUGGUUCCGAAAUGAGAUCACUUUUUUCAAGGCUCUAGCGGGCGAUCGACCUGGCGUACCAGGGGUGCGACAGAGACCUCUUUAUGCAUGGUGGUAUGUCAUGCAAGUUUCGAGUGCAUUGGAGUUAUCGAGAAUGAGGAAAGAGUUUUGGGAGGAUUCGGAUUUGAUCUACAAUAUGACAUUAGCAGGUCUGGAUCAGGUGAUUAAAUAUUGGAAUUGUCAAAAUGUCCUGGGACCGUACUUUGUAUACCUCCAACAUAAGUAUCGAACUGUACUAGAAGAACGACAACGAUUAUUGCACGCGGAAGCGCAAGGACGUGUGCAGGACCUGUAUCUCGAGCAGUUGAAAAUUUUGAGAGCAGAGGCGGAGGGACAAUUUGCGAAGAUACAGAACAUUUCGGAGUAUCGUAAUUCGAAAUUGUAUUAUUAAAUCAGUAGACGUUAUAUUCGAUUUUUUGUUGGCACAUGCGUAGUGAUAAGCAUAUCGUAUAAUAACCGUAUAAUACGUUGAACUUGUUGUACAA